AUGGUCAGGAAGGGCCUCAUGAGGAAAGUGAAAUUGAGAUUUGGAAAAUGUGCUGAUGUUGGCCAGGUGGUCAGCAAGCAGAAAGGCAUCACUGAGAAAGGAGAUGAUGAGAGCAAAUGCCUGAAGCAGAACUACUUGAGACCUCUGAAACUGACCCGCCAACAUGGGCCACUUCACACCAAAACUGUGAAGAAGGCCGCCCGGGUUAUCAUCGGGAAGUACUACACACGCCUGGGUGACGACUUCCAUACCAACAAGCGCGUGUGUGAGGAGAUCGCCAUUAUUCCCAGCAAGAAACUCCACAACAAGAUCGCAGGGUAUGUCAUACAUCUGAUGAAGGGGAUUCAGAGAGGCCCUGUGAAAGGCAUCUCCAUUAAGCUGCAGGAAGAGGAGAGAGAAAGGAGAGAUAAUUAUGUUCCUGAGGUCUCUGCCUUGGAUCAGGAGAUUAUUGAAGUAGAUUCUGACCCUAAGGAAAUGCUGAAGUUUUUGGACUUCUGCAGUCUCUCCAACUUGCAAGUCACUCAGCCUACUGUGGGGAUGAAUUUCAAAACGCCACGUGGAGCUGUCUGAAUCUUUCUGCUAUGCUGUAAUAUUUUCAAUAAACCUGGGAC